AUGCCGGCCGUGCCGAUUUUGCCGGCCCUGCACAUGGACGAGCUGCAUCACCAUCCUCCGGAUGGUGAGGAGCAUGUCCCGCCGGUGACCCACAUCGCCGAACCGACUGGCGCGCCGCACUACUCCCCGGAAUCGUCGUCCUCCUCCUCCGGAGCAAGUGGCCCCCUUUCGCCUGGCGCGCUGCACGGCGACCGGGCCGUGCUUGCCCCGAAUGCUGCCCCCGGGCCCGGGGCCAAUGACGCGCACCCGGUGCUGGCCAACCGGCCACGGCUGGCCCUUGCCUCCAACUCAUCUCUCCCAUCCUCCGGCCGGGUCCGGCGCAUGUCCCUCGACAGCGGGGCCGGGUCCAUCUUUCACCAGCCACAGCCGUUGUCAUUCUCCAAUUUCUCGAUGACCUCCAUCGCCACCACCGGCUCGGGGGACCCUGGCGACCCGGGUGCCCAUGAGGGUGCCGGUGUCGGGGCCUCGAGCGCCGCCCUGCACUCGGGCCUUGGCCCGCCGUUGUCAUUCUCCAAUUUCUCGAUGACCUCCAUCGCCACCACCGGCUCGGGGGACCCUGGCGACCCGGGUGCCCAUGAGGGUGCCGGUGUCGGGGCCUCGAGCGCCGCCCUGCACUCGGGCCUUGGCCCGGUGCCGGCCUCCCCCCGGCUACCCGGGCAUCCUGGCUCUCCGGCGGCCGGGCCCGGACCGAUGUUUUUCACCUCCGCCCGGGACUACACCUACCGGGGAGAUGUGUGCAUUCGCUUCAGCACCGUCAUGCCGGAAAUCAUGAGCGGACGACUUGACCCACUUGCCUUUGAGACGGUCAUCGACACACUCAAUGCCCAGCUCUCCCAGCUGGACCACCCCUCCCCCUACUCCAAUCGCCCGGCACUGGUCGAGGGCAUCAUGUCUCUGGCCACCUGCUUUACCUGGUACCCGUUGAUGUCCUUGCUGGUGCCGUCCCCCUACCAGCCGGUGGCUCUGAUCAACAGCCGGCCGGUCACCCCGGCCGAUCAGCAGGAGCUUACCCCGCGCUUUGGCCCGCACGCCAGCUGGCUCGGCCGGUGGCUGCCCACCAUGCUGACCAGCACCCACUAUGAGCGCGUGCUGGCCCAGCUGGCUGUGCGCAUCCACAAUGCCAACCGCACGGUGUUCUUCCCGUCGGGCUUCCGCCUGCGCGAUCCCGUGCACAAUGGCCUGCUCCACUUGGAGUUUGACGACCUGCACGCCAUCGCCCUCAACCAUGCGGGGCCUGGCCGGGGCCGGCCCGGGGGGGGAGGCACUCCCAGCCCUCCGGCCACCCCCGGCGCGGUGGCCAUCCCAAUCGUCACCCCGGCCCCCUACUGCCCGUGCCUCGAAUGCACGGUCCCCUCCAUGGCGUAG